AAAUUAUUCCCGCUCAGAUAUCUGAAAGCUCAAUUCAAUUCCCGCCGUUGGGUAACGAAGGACUGUGUGAUGGAUAGCAACCCCUCCGCCAUGGAAGUUGAUCCGCAACUGCACGAAGAAGAAGAGGAUCCAUUUCUUCAAUUCAUCUCCUACGCAAAAUCAGUUGUAUCCCCUGAUGCAAAUGAAGCCGGAGGUGAAUCAAUGGGCCCGGGUUGGAGCUGGACCGCUUCCAGAAUUCUCAAAACGUGCAUUGCCUAUUCCAGCGGCGUCACCUCUGCCAUUCUCCUCUCUGAUAUCUCUCAGGCUUGGAAUGAGCAGAACAGAAGCGGUGCUCCAAAGAAACAGCCAGAGUGUAUUAGUCAGUUGAAGAAGAAAAAUAAGAGGGGAAAGCUACCCAACACUGUCACAAUAGACUCUGUUUAUGAGAAGAAGUUCUUGCCAUUGAAUGGUGUUAUUGAAGCUGUUAUAAUAGAUGUUGUUAUUCUUCCAGGAACAAACAUCUGCACGCUUCAUCUGGGGGAUUUUUGGAGCUCUAAUACAAUUGAUCUAUAUCUUCAUCGAAGAUUCUACAACUUAGCUGAUCCUAGCAAUGGUAUUCUGAAGAAAGGACGGGAAGUGUUCCUCACAGGAUGCCGCCUUAGGACUACCAAAGGAUUUUCGAGUCGAGCACGGCUGUUGCCCACAGAGUAUCUUGCUAUACUUUUAGAUGAGGAUCAAGAUGAUGAUGCAAUGAUGCUAGGUGCACAGUUUUGUUCUGAUUCCUUCUCUUCCAUUUGCUUUGAUGAUGUUAUUCAAGGGGUCUCUUAUUCACUGUAUGCAAGGAUAGAAUCUAUUGGGGCGCUGGAAGCUCAAGGCAUAUUUGGUAGUUUACAGAGAAAAAAAAUUACUCUUGUUGAUAAUGAUGGUGCCAGAUUGAAAUUUCUAUUGUGGGGUGAACAGGUUCUGCUUGCUAAUCUUUUUAGUGUGGGAAGUAUGCUUGCCCUGGACAGACCAUUUAUUGCAAGUUCUGCUGAAAGUGGUCUCGAAUCAAAUGAAGAAUUUUGCCUUGAAUAUGGCAGUGGAACACAGCUCUAUGUUGUCCCUCUUAUUCAGCAUAAGGAACAAGUAUGUGUAGCAUUGACACAGAGCCGUUGCCAAGGAUCAAAGCUGUUAACUGCACCAGAUCCAGGCCAGGGGCUUCCAGUUUCACAAGUGUCCUUGCCGUGUGAUUCUCAAGGGUCCAUUGACUUCAGAAAUUAUCCUUUCCGGUCAUUUGUUAUAGAUCUGCAUGACAAGAUGACGGGAAUCAGCCUCUAUGGUGAUGUUGUGGACAUCCAAAGUACAGGAGACCCUACAUUUUCUCUGAAAAUUGAAGAUGCAACAGGUUCAGUUUGGGCAAGGCUACAUUUUAUAGGACCUUGGUCAAUAGGAAGAGUUGGCCUGGGGCACACUGUCUAUAUUUCUGGUCUGUCAUGUUCUAUGACCAAACAGAAAAUCCUUGAACUGUCAUGGUUUGAGAAUGAUCCUGGAGCUUCUUUUGUCAAUAUUAGCUGCCUACCCGCACUGCUUAAUUCAUCAUGUCUUCACAAGUUCUCCAACCUUUGUGAUCUAUCAGCCCAUGCGACCCAUACACAUGUAUGUCGGGUUUGGCUGGAUCAAAUUGAGUAUUGUCAUGUUGGUACAAGAUUGUCACAUGCCCCUUGUGGCCAUUUUGUUAAUGAGGGUUGUAAUGGAGAGCUAAAGUGCAACUUUUGUCACUGCAUAUGCAAUGAUGAAGUGGUUAGGAGUUUCCAUUUGAGAAUUACUAUUGCUGAUGGCAGCGCAAAACUAUUAACCUGGUGCACUGGCCACACUGCCACAGAGUUACUGCAAAUAACUCCAGAUGAGUUCUGUGAACUGCCAGAGGAAGAGCAAAUUAUGUAUCCUUCUUCACUUGAGAAUGAAAAGUUUACAGUGGCAUUGGUGAAGGGUCAUGGAAGUAUGGACAAUCAAAGUGUAUCGUGGGAAAUUACACGCGCAGUUAAGUAUGAAUGAACCCGGCCCCUUGUUUGUAUUACAUGACAUCGGAUGAAGUCAACAGCAGCGAGCACGAGUAUGGGAUAAGUGUGUA